AUGAAAACCAAUCUCACAGUGGCCGACCUCUUUGCCACCUCGCGCAUACCACAGGCUGCACAACAUGGCCGUCGAGCAAGUCCGUGGGGCUCACUGUCGCCGGACACACAACAAGGAGAGACCUCCCAAGUACUUACUCAGUUAAUGGAGGUACAGAAAUAUCUAGAUGGUGAAAUAGCCCACAGUUCACGAGAGGUAAAGGCUAUGAUCCAGGCCCUGGGGGCACGCACAUCAGACCUGGAGGCAAGGGUUGAGACCGUGGUACAGGAUCACAACAUGGUGACCACACACUCACAAGCUAUGGAGAAACAGCUAGGAGACCUGGAGAUGUUA